AUGGACCUGGAACAGCGCCGAGUGGGAGGUGCAUGUGUAUGCAGAAUUUCUUUGGCAAUUGGACACGCGACGUAUCUCGUCCAAAGGCACGGCAAACUCACGUUGGUGACAGACCGUUGCCUUCUCCCGAACGAUAGCAAGCUCGGACGCAUCACAAUUGAACCUGGUGGCGCCAAGCUGCAAGCUGUUGAUACGCUACUUGUCUUCCCUGGCCACUCACAAACCGACUUGCACUCUUCGGUGGUUGCAGAUCCGCGAGAUGUCAAGUAUCAGCUUGAGCCCCUUUCUGAUGGCCGAUCUGAGAUUAUCAUUUUGAGGAACGGGGAUGUCAUCACUUCACCGAAUGUUACCGACAGUGUGGCAUGUAUGUACCGUGCGCCAGAAGUGCAAGUAAACUCAUCAGCUGCCGGACUUGACGACGUCGAACCCUUUGAGUCCAAGGAUGCAGUAGCUGAUACUCCUGGAGACGAGACGGAGGAUGAAGCAACUCUGGAUGAUACAAUCACCGAGGUUCCUGUUACGCAGCCUGUGACCCAGCCAACCAAGUCGCAACCUUCUGCCACGCCGCGGCUUCCUGAACAGCGCUCCCUUCUCGUACAGGAAACUCCGACAACCGAUCGUAUGUUAGGAGUGAACGAGUACGACCCUGCCCCCGAGACCGAAGGUGGACUUGUAAAGUCUAUGUCACCACCACCUGCAGCGAUUGCUCUCGCUGAGACCUUCUCCACAGCUCGAACCGGCCAGUCACCAAAAAGCACUGUGCAGGAGUCUUUCGACGUCGAAUCCAUUACAGAUCGAAAGCGACCACAGGGCUCUCCUGAGGUCAGAGUCGGCGGUCGGCAGUCGAAGAAACGCGCGAGUCCUGUUAGUUCACCAGAGCCUCACCUGUCUGCGGAAGGUCGGUCGGCCAAGCGAGCGAGAAGGGCGGUGCCCAAUAAGGAAGUCGAAGGUGACAUCGUGCAAAACAGUCCGUUUAAUGACAUUAAUGCCGACCUUUCUUGCAAGAGCUACUCGACAAAAGGAAAAAGGCGAGUGCUAGAGCUCCCAGAGACAACGCCAUCCAAGUCGGAAAUGAGCUCUCAGCGCUCUGCAACGGCUACAACCGCUGUGGCGUAUGAAGGUGAGCCACCUCGGGUUGCUACGAGUAACUCGGCCUUAAAAGAUGGGAGUCCGACAAUCAAGUUCCUGCGAAAACAUGGAGGCACACUUGUCGCUUCUGUCGAGGACAAAUGCAAUGUGUUAUGCGUGCGAGACGUCGGCCUGGCCAAGACUAUGAAAGUCAUCCAAGCGAUUGCGCUUGGUAUUCCCAUCGUGUCUGACAGAUGGCUAUCCGAAUCUGCCAAGUCUGAAGCGUUCCUCGACCUGUCGUCGUACAAACCUUCCGUUGCUCAACAGGAGAAAGAUUGGGGGUUUGACCUUGAGAAAGUGUGGGGUGUAGCGCAGACUCCAUUCAAGGGUUACACAAUCUACUUCACACCCGCGCUGAGGAAGACAUACACCAACUUUCGCGAGAUGGACCGAGUGUGUCAGACAGUGGGUGCAAAGGUUGUGUCAAAGCGAACUGACAAGAGUGGCAAGAUUAUUGUGCUUGCAAAGGAAGAGGAGGACCCGGACGCCGACAGAAUGGUCGAAGACGGCGAGACGUGCUAUCACAAGGACCUGCUGACUAACAGCAUUCUGCGCGGCACUCUCGACCUUGACAGCGACGAAUUCAAGAUCAUAGCGAAGCCUGCCAGUGGCUCGAGGAGGAAGGGACCUAGGAAGAGCACUUGA